UGGGUUGUUGUGGUGGAAAGACUCUCUCAUCGAAGGCUGAAGCAAUGUCGAUUAUUCGUAACAAGCUCAAAGGUACAGCAGUGAAUGUUGGAGAAAAAUAGAUUCAAGAUCUUGGGUGGAUGGGUAUUCAAUACUCCCCAUUCAGGAUGAAAUGUGGGGCUAUGUGGGGUACCCUGCUCGAAUCUUUUCCUGGAAAAAUGCCUGCCAAUAUCGAGAACCGGUUUGUCCGCCUAUGUAAUAGUUACGACGACAUGAUUUCCUAUUUAUCUUUCGGAGCUCCGGGAUUGUUUCCUCCUCCCGCAUUCUGUGCCCGGGUCGACAAAGGACGUGAACUUGAAGAUUUGGCACCCUGAAAUUAUCUUUCGCUCUCCGGGGUUGUCAUUGCAGAUAUGAUCACUGGUCUAUCAUUUGGGUUUAAAUGGAAAAAAGAGAAUAUCUUUUUGGAGCUCU